AUGACGGAAACAGAGAGAGCUGGCCCGGAAGCCAGGGGUAAACCCAUGGCCUUCCGGUCUCAAAAGGAAAUGUUUGAGAAGAUGGAAGAAUCUUUUAAGAUCUGUGCGUGUUGUGAGAAGCAGCCCAAACAACUUUCAAACCCACAAAGCCUGAAGCGUUGUGGCAGAUGUCUAAAUGUUUAUUACUGUAGUAAAGAAUGUCAGAAGGAUGACUGGUCAAAACAUAAGAAGUUCUGCGCUGUUCUCUGUCAAGCUGCCAUUGACAGAAUCGUGGAAUGGCUUGUGUUCAAAGGAGAUCUUCCAUUCCCUACAGACAAAUGGUCAAAACCCCAGUCAGAGAUUAAGGGCUGGGAUGACUGGCUCGCCAUGCAGGGAGAUCUCACAGCUCGCCUUGAUCCCAUUUUGACUGGAGCAAACAUGAAAGACUUGUGGACCAACGCUGGCAGGCCUCGACCUGUAGAUGGGGACUUGAAGCAGUCACUGUGGAGGGUUUGCAGUGAGUUCUUCUCCAGGCCGCUGACCAUAUCCUGGGGGAUGAGGCUGUUUGGCCUCAACCCUUAUUCCAGACCUCUUACUAUUCACCUGGUGGGAGCAGCCCAGAGUGAGACACUGGGAGCCAGACUGACUGACUAUGAUGAGCUGAACAAAAUGUUCCCUGGACACCAGGGCAUAGAGAUAGUCAUGGUGGGACCAGAGGUGCUUGACGGCCCCAUUGUGAGGCCUCCACUCAGGGCGUUUGGCCCCAAGCAAAGGGUCUAUAUCAGUGCAUAUAAGGGUCUUUACCACCAGUUCUGGGAGGAGCUGGUGGACAAAGAGGAAGCAGCCAAGCCAGACCUGGUGGUUGGAUUUCAUCCAGGGUUUGAUGCCAGUCAGGGUCUGGAUGAGGGUUGGCUUCCGACUCUUCUUCUUCUUAGGGAUUAUGAGAUUCCUUCUCUUUUCACUGCUCUCAGUGAGACAGAGAUGACCUACUCCCUGCAGAUCCUGUUGGAGCUUGAGAUGGACAUGAAGGGAAGUGGUGCCAACCCCUUUGCAUCACUGAAACCAGAAUCGGCAGGCACGAGUCCCAACAAGCCUCCUGUCUACUGCAACUCCCACUACUUCUCUUUUCAAGGUCUACUGGAGACUGUGGAGUUUGAGGAACCAGAUGAGGCCUGAAGGAGCUAUGUGCUGUGAUUGCAAACACACAUGACUGAAACUCAGCUGUUUUCUAUGAAUCAUUGAUAUUUUAAGUCUCUGUAAGCUAUUUAAUAUGUUCUAAUCAUGCCAUUCUGCUUUGUGAGUACAAGUAUUUGCUCUGACAUUUACAUUUACUAUCUCAGUACCACGGCAUUCAACUGUCAGAGUUGUGUGAUUUGAAUAUACUGUCUGUGAGCUGUUGUUGCAUUAAGAGAGCUACAAUAAAACAGUGUAUACA